CCGGAAGCCCGGGGCCGAGCUCCAGGAGCUGACGCUCCACGUCAGCUGCGGUCUAGGAUCCGGAGACAUGGCUGCGCCGGGCCUCGCGCUCUGCCUCUUCGACGUGGACGGGACCCUGACGGCCCCACGGCAGAAAAUUACCAAAGAAAUGGAUGACUUUCUACAAAAAUUGAGGCAGAAGGUCAAAAUCGGAGUGGUAGGCGGCUCAGACUUUGAGAAAGUGCAGGAGCAGCUGGGAAGUGAUGUGGUUGAAAAGUAUGAUUAUGUGUUUCCAGAAAAUGGCUUGGUGGCGUACAAAGAUGGGAAAUUCUUGUGUAAACAGAGUAUCCAAGGUCACUUGGGUGAGGCCCUAAUCCAAGACUUAAUCAACUACUGUCUCAGCUACAUUGCAAAAAUUCAGCUCCCGAAGAAGAGGGGCACUUUCAUCGAAUUCCGGAACGGGAUGUUAAAUGUGUCUCCUAUUGGACGAAACUGCAGCCAAGAGGAACGCAUUGAAUUCUACGAGCUUGAUAAAAAAGAAAACAUACGACAGAAAUUUGUAGCAGAUCUGCAGAAAGAGUUUGCAGGAAAAGGCCUCACGUUUUCCAUAGGAGGCCAGAUCAGCAUCGAUGUCUUUCCUCAUGGAUGGGACAAGAGGUACUGCCUGGGACACGUGGAAAAGGACGGCUAUAAGACCAUUUAUUUCUUUGGAGACAAAACCAUGCCAGUUCCUCCUUCCUCUGGUAGCCCUGGCCCCAGGCAAUGGCUGUGUCUGCUUCGUGUCUCCGCAGGGUGGGAACGACCAUGAGAUCUUCACGGACCAGAGGACCAUGGGCUACACCGUGACGGCCCCCGAGGACACGCGCAGGAUCUGUGAAGAGCUCUUCUCCUAACGCCCCGUGGGAGGGCAGGAAGGCCCAGCUACAAGCCCGAGAGGGUCGCCCCAUGGCCAACCCCAGGUCCCUCCCUCCCAUGCCCAUGGACAUUUACAACCGUCCAGCCCAGGACAGACACGUAAAAACACUUCCUGAAAUGAAGCACCUGCUAGUGCCGGCUUGGUAGGAGCCUUGAGACCAGGGCACUGUGGUCAUCAGCGGUACUAAGCUAAGUGACCUCUGAACUCUUGUGUUCCCACCUCACUUCCUGUUUGAGAGCCACAGACCUCAGCGUGGCCUGUGGACGACUGGCCGGGCAAGUGACAGCUGACCCGACGGAGUUUGCACUCCGCUGGCCUGGUUCACAGGUUAGCUCAGAUCCCCUAUAGUGAGGGGCUGGGUUCUCUAACCAUCGACUUGGGAGACAAUUGUCCCAACAGCCCUUCCCCAGGGGCCGGCUCUGAGCCCAGGUUCAGAGAGACUAACGGGUGUCACCCUUCACCAAAGAACCUUCUGCCUCGCCUCCCAGGGGCCUGAUUUGCCUGGUUUCUCAGGCAUCAGGUGAAAGCCACGAUAAUUAACAGGGCAGAAGCUGCCCUGUUUCUCUGCAAACCUUUGAAUAAAUAAGCGCGGGACCCUGGCCCUCACCCUGAUUCCAGCCUCGGGGCUGGGACAGCCUUGGUUGGGCCUGGGCCCUCACCCCCUACCUCCCAGGUUCUGCAGGUUUCUCAUGGAACUGGAAGGCCCCUCCAGGCCCUGGUCCAGAACAGGGGGGAGAUGGCUUGCCCAGGCAACGGUUAACGUCGAUUCCCAGCCUCUGGAAAUGUAGGGACCCACAGCCCUCCACAGAUUGGUACAAGGGCCCAAGGCUAGCUUCAGUCCACAGCGUGACCUCUUCUGGGGCCCCACCAACCCGAAUCCAUGUGCUUUGCACCCCCCACCUUCCCACCCCCACCAGGUGCUUUCAUCACAGAAGAGCCUGGCUUCCCCCCAGAGCUGUCCCCAGGCUUCUAGGCUCUGGACAGUCUGCCCCCCACCACACGGUUGAUGUUUUUAGCGGUUCCCAGGACAUGCCAUCGGUGGCAUCUUGUCGAAGUGUUUUGCAAAUGUACUGUAAUGACCUUUCAAGGUGAUGAAUAGCAAAUUAAAGUGAUUGUAUUGUUUCCUA